CCUUUUUCCUUACAAAUAAUUGUAAGCGAAAGAAAAGAGAAAGAUAAAAGGAAGGAAAAAAGCCAUGGCAGCGACGGAGGGAGAUAACGGAGAGUUCUACCUUCGUUACUACGUAGGUCACAGAGGUAAAUUCGGUCACGAAUUCCUGGAGUUCGAGUUCCGCCCAGAUGGCAAGCUCCGGUACGCCAACAACUCUAACUACAAAAACGAUACCAUGAUUCGCAAAGAAGUCUUCCUUACCCCCGCCGUCCUGAAAGAGUGCCGCCGCAUCAUCUCCGAGAGCGAAAUUAUGAAGGAAGAUGACAACAACUGGCCAGAGCCAGACCGGGUUGGGAAACAGGAGCUGGAGAUUGUGAUGGGGAAUGAGCAUAUUUCUUUUACUACAUCAAAGAUUGGAUCACUUGUUGAUGUUCACAGUAGCCAGGAUCCUGAAGGGCUUCGCAUUUUCUAUUAUCUUGUCCAGGACUUGAAGUGCUUUGUUUUCUCGCUCAUCUCUCUCCACUUCAAAAUCAAGCCCAUAUAACAACCAUCGUCUUAACCAUUCAUUGCAUGCUUCAAGGGGCUGUUUUUGCGGAUGCUUGAAUUGUAUACGUUGCAGUAGGGUUUGUCAUUUGCUCUUUUUUUUUUUUUUUUCCUUUUAGUUUUAUCAGAAGCUGUCCAAGGUUUUAUCAAUGCUUGGAUUGAUGAAUAUUUCAUGGACUGGAAUGGUAGUGUUAUGAAAAUCUCUCCACUUCAAAAUCAAGCCCAUAUAACAACCAUUGUCUUAACCAUUCAUUGCAUGCUUCAAGGGGCUGUUUUUGCGGAUGUUUGAAUUGUAUACGUUGCAGUAGGGUUUGUCAUUUGCUCUUUUUUUCUUUUUUUUUUCCUUUUAGUUUUAUCAGAAGCUGUCCAAGGUUUUAUCAAUGCUUGGAUUGAUGAAUAUUUCAUGGACUGGAAUGGUAGUGUUAUGAAAAUUUAAUGUGUCCUGGACGCCUUUCCAGCGGUGUCUGAAAUCUUUGGAUAUGUUAACUACUAGAUAUUAAUCUAAAGAACUUUCAGCUGUGUUCCAAAUGUUCAGUACUGACUAUUUAAUGAAGCUGGUGACUUGGCUUAA